ACUCAAUCAGCGCCCGAUUUGCUCUCUUUUGAAAUCCACGUCAAACAUUUCCAUUCCACGAUUCAGAGUUAGUUACAGGACACUGAGGACAGCAGAAACAAAACAAAUACUACUAAUUAUCUUCAUCUUCUUCUCCAACGAAACAAUCCAUUCAGUGCUCGCUCUCUCUUCCAUCGCCUGAAAAUGGAUCCGAAUCCCAAGUCCUUCCCGAUUCUGUCCCAUGUCCUGGCUCGACUUCCUUCUAUCGGCCCCAAAUUCACCCCCGCCACUCCUACCUCUGAAUUCGACAUCGAACAACCACCACCCUCCGCUUCAUCCUCCUCUCCUCAAACCCCGAUCUUCGACCGAAUGCCGCACCUUACCCUCCCAAAAGUACUCGCCUCCAUGACCAAUGCCGUCGAAGUCGUCGCUCAGACGCGAUCCGUUUUGCAAACCCUAGGGCCGCGUCCUGACCAUGAGGCGGUGGACCUGGCCAAGUCCAGGCUCGCUGAAAUUGAAGCUAAUCUAUCUGAGCAACUUGAGGACGUCGUGCUGUCUCCCCGUUCUAUAGAUAUAGAUCGCUCUCACUUGGCUGAGAAGGAGGAGCAUUCCCGCCAAGACGCAGAGAAAGAGAAGGCCACCUGCAGGGCAGUGCUGCAGCUGGACGAGUUGCACGAGGCGUACGAGAAGAUGUUGAAGGAAGCGGAGGAGCGACUGGUGAGGAUUUAUGAGAACGCAGAAACGGUGGCUGAGGGCGAAGACAAGAAUGUGUCAGUGAGUGAGGAGGAGAACCCGGAGAUUGCAGGGAUUCUACAGGCGGCGUUCGUGGGAGGCUUAGACCGUGUGGAUUUGUCCGGUCGGCGGUUGAAGUUCUUGCCAGAGGCUUUUGGACGGAUUCAAGGGUUGAUCGUUCUUAAUCUUUCCAGCAAUCAGCUUGAGAUGAUUCCCGACUCAAUAGCUGGAUUACAAAAUCUUGAGGAGUUAAAUCUUGCUUCAAAUCUUUUGGAAUCACUGCCCGACUCUGUUGGCCUGCUUCAUAACUUGAAAAUUCUGGACGUCUCUGGAAACAAGCUAAAUUUCUUACCUGACAGCAUCUGCAGCUGCAGGUCAUUGGUGGAGUUGGAUGUGAGCUUCAACCAACUGACAUAUUUACCAACUAACAUUGGAUAUGAGUUGGUGAAUCUUCAGAGGCUUUCAAUCCAAUUGAACAAGAUCCGUUCUCUUCCAACCUCGAUUGGUGAGAUGAGGUCCUUGUGCCAUCUGGAUGCUCACUUCAAUGAACUUCAUGGCCUUCCUUCUGCGAUUGGAAGAUUGACUAAUCUUGAGAUCCUGAAUUUGAGCAGUAAUUUUAGCGACCUGAUGGAGCUUCCUGAUACAAUUGGUGAGUUGAUGAAACUAAAGGAACUUGAUCUGAGUAAUAACCAGAUUUAUGCUCUUCCAGAUACCUUUGGCCGGCUUAACAAUUUGAUCAAGCUCAGCUUGGACCAAAAUCCUAUUGUACAUCCACCUCCAGAGGUAGUGAGGGAAGGCGUCGAAGCUAUCAAGCAGUUUAUGGCUCGGAGGUACCUUGAAUUGCUGGUGGAGGAGGAACACGAGAGCAUGGCAGAAGUAGAAGAACAGGCACAGAUGGGAUGGUUGAAUCGGAGCACCUCUUGGUUGAAAAGUUAUGCAUCAACUGUGUCUGAGAAUGUUUCUGGAUAUUUAGCUGCUGGGAAACCUCCUAGAGACCAUUAUCUUGAUCAGCAGCUAUGAGACUUUUAAUCUUGGGCUCCCACUCUUUGGUAAUAUUAGCUUCGUUGGGAACGGAAUCGAUUCUGCCUUGGAAUGGGGUUUGGCCACCUCUGCCUCUGCGCUGCAGUUUUUUUUUUAGUGAAACGUGAGCAAUUUACAAUACCCAAUAAUGAGUUUGGAGUUUGGAAGAUUCAUUGACAGAUUUUUGGAGAUCUAAUUGGAUCAGGAAUUGAGAAAGUUGGGAUCUAGACUCUGGAAUUGUUAAUAGUCUGGAUUUUGGAUUAAUCUUUAGAAGAGUUGAAAAUUUUGGUAUGAUGAUAUUGUCAAGCAUGUCAGGUUGGAUCUACAAUUUGGUUAUUCUCAGCGGACCAAGCCAUCUUAUUCGUGCAAUCAAAUAAUUCCAAACGAACCGAGGAAGGUACAAUCUACUGCUUGCUUGUCUUCAGGUUUGUGUUUUUUUUUUUUUCCUUCCUAGUUUCAGGGCAACCAUCGCGUGUUCUUGGAAAAGAAUAGCACAGCAGCAGAGUUCCUGAUCUCAGUGUGGAUCAUGCCAGGCAAAAGCGAAAAAAUAAGAA